GACAUACCCUCAGAUAUCAAUCAUUCAAUAUUGUAAAAAAACACAAAGAUGAGAUUCUGGAUAGUUACAGUCUGCAUUUUCGCUUUGUCUUUUGCAAGUUCUGCAGAACAAUGUGGAAAACAGGCAGGGAAUGCUUUAUGCCCAAAUGGAAUGUGUUGCAGCGAAUUCGGGUGGUGUGGCACCACACCUGAUUACUGCAGCGAUACCUGCCAGAGUCAGUGUGGUGGUUCAACACCUGCCCCUGGUGGUGGUUCAACACCUACCCCUAGUGGUGGAAGUGGGGAUGUUAGUUCUAUCAUUCCUGAAUCUCUUUUCAAUGAUAUGCUUAAACAUCGAAAUGAUGGAAGCUGUAAGAGUAAUGGUUUCUACACAUACAGUGCUUUUAUAAAUGCAGCGCAAUCUUUCGAUGGUUUUGGUACUACUGGAAGCACUGACCAGCGUAAACAAGAACUUGCAGCUUUCUUGGCUCAGACGUCUCACGAAACUACAGGUGGAUGGGCAAGUGCACCAGAUGGUCCAUAUUCAUGGGGAUAUUGUUUUAUAGCGGAGAGAAACAAUCCGGGUACAUUCUGCACUUCCCCAGACUGGCCUUGUGCUUCUGGCAAAGAAUACUAUGGCAGAGGACCAAUCCAACUCACUCAUAACUACAAUUAUGGCCAAGCUGGAAAAGCAAUUGGAGCGGACCUCAUAAAUAAUCCUGAUUUAGUAGCUACAGAUGCAGUUAUAUCCUUUAAGACAGCUAUAUGGUUCUGGAUGACUCCACAAAGCAACAAGCCAUCCAGCCAUGAUGUGAUCACCGGAAAAUGGUCUCCUUCUGCGGAUGAUAAUGCAGCAAACCGUGUCCCUGGCUUUGGUGUGAUUACCAAUAUUAUAAAUGGUGGACUUGAGUGCAACAAAGGGACUGAUAGUAGAGUGGAAGAUAGAAUCGGUUUUUACAAGAGGUAUUGCGAUAUCCUAGGAGUUGGGUAUGGAAAUAAUCUUGAUUGUAAUAGUCAAAGGCCAUUUGCCUGAUCUAUUUUCAAUCUUUCAAUGGUUUUGAUCUGCAUUUUGGCUUUUUCUUUGGCUGUUUCUGCAGAACAAUGUGGAAAACAAGCCGGGAAUGCUCUGUGCCCGAAUGGAAUGUGUUGCAGCCAAUUCGGGUGGUGUGGCACCACCGCUGAGUACUGUACUAAGUGCCAGAGUCAGUGUGGUGGUUCAAAACCUGUCCCUAGUGGUGGAAGUGGGGAUGUUGGCUCCAUCAUUACCGAAUCUGUUUUCAAUGAUAUGCUUAAACAUCGAAACGAUGGAAACUGUAAGAGUAAUGGUUUCUACACAUACAGAGCAUUUAUUAAUGCAGCAAAGUCUUUCAAUGGUUUUGCUACUACUGGAAACACUGACCAGCGUAAAAGAGAAGUUGCUGCUUUCUUGGCUCAAACGUCUCACGAAACUACAGGUGGAUGGGCAAGUGCACCAGAUGGUCCAUAUGCAUGGGGAUAUUGCUUUAUCGCGGAGAGAAACAAUCCAGGUACAUUCUGCACUUCUGCAGACUGGCCUUGUGCUCCUGGCAAACAAUAUUACGGCAGAGGGCCUAUCCAAAUCACUCAUAACUACAACUAUGGGCAAGCUGGAAAAGCAAUCGGAGUAGACCUCAUAAACAAUCCAGAUCUAGUAGCUACAGACGCAACCAUAUCAUUCAAGACAGCUAUAUGGUUUUGGAUGACUCCACAAGGUAACAAGCCAUCAAGUCACAAUGUGAUCACCGGAAGAUGGUCUCCUUCUGCUGCAGAUAAUGCAGCCAAUCGUGUCCCUGGCUUUGGUGUGAUCACCAAUAUUAUAAAUGGCGGACUUGAGUGCAAUCGAGGGACUGAUAAUAGAGUACAGGAUAGAAUCGGUUUUUACAAAAGGUAUUGUGACAUCCUCAGAGUUGGGUAUGGGAAUAAUCUUGAUUGUAACAAUCAAAGGCCUUUUGCUUGAUCCGUUCUUUUUCUAAAUUACAGCAAGCUAGAUCUCGCGGUAAAGAUGUAUGGUGUUGAUGGAACACUGUUACUUGAAUCAUCUAGCUAUCUAAUUAUGCUUAUGAAUAAAUAUGUAUGAUCAUUCUCUGUACCGAAUAAAGACUACUGGAAAUAAACCAGUAAGUAUGUUUAUAAUAUAUUCAACCACUUCUGUCUC